AAACUAAAACGGGAAGCAAAACAAAGCGCAGCGCAGUCGCAGUAGAGUGGUGUACUAAUGUCCAGCGGCAACAAACGACUUGAAACUUUGUUUUCUUGCUGUUUUCUUGCAUUCUCGGAAUUGUUUUGUUGGUUUACUUCACUUUUGUUGCUUUCCCGGUAAACUGAAGCCGCAGCUGAGACGUACUGCCACAGGUCCGAACUGGAAGUGAGGAAGAGAAGUUCGGACCGGUUCAGUGAUGAAGAGGGGGCGGGUUCUAGCUGUGCUUGUGGGUGGUCUCUUCUGCUUUGCUGUGAUGUCACUGUACCGUAUGCUGGAGCUGAUGCAGAGGGCGGAGCCUGAGCAACAUAGGGGCACACCUUAUGGACAGGUGGAUGAAGAUCUGUCCCAGCUUCAACAGAAGAUUGACAGGUUGGAGCAUCUUCUGGUGGACAACAAUCACCUGGUUGCUCAGCUGCGUGACUCGCUGCUGCAUAAAAGCUCCAACAGUAGCUUAGACUCCUCCCACAGACGAGUAGAACUGCUUCCUGGCUGCCGAAUAGCUGAGGACAUGAAGGGAAGUGCUGACGGAGUUCAGUUGCUGGAUGUUUAUGACCUUCUGCCCUUCGAUAACCCCGAUGGCGGCGUGUGGAAGCAGGGCUUUGAAAUCAGUUACCGUGGUGACGAGUGGGCAGAACAUCCAUUGGAGCUUUUCCUGGUUCCUCACUCUCAUAAUGACCCAGGUUGGCUGAAGACGUUUGACGGGUACUACCAGGACCAAACUCGACACAUCCUGGACAACAUGUUGGUGAAGCUGGGAGAGGACAGCAGGAGGAAGAUGAUCUGGGCAGAAAUCAGUUACUUCUCUAAGUGGUGGAACAGCAUUGAUGAGCAAAAGAGAGUGCUGGUCAAACGUCUGGUGGAGGCGGGGCAGCUGGAGCUGGUGACGGGAGGAUGGGUCAUGGCGGAUGAAGCCAACUCUCAUUACUUUGCAAUGCUGGAUCAGUUGAUCGAGGGCCAUCAGUGGCUGCAGACUCACCUGGGUGUGAAGCCAAGUAACAGUUGGGCCAUUGAUCCCUUUGGUCACUCCCCAUCUAUGACCUACCUCCUGAAGGGGGCGGGGCUUACUAACAUGGUCGUCCAGAGGAUUCAUUACUCUGUGAAGAAGCACUUUGCCCAGCAGCAGACCCUUGAGUUUCGAUGGCGACAGAGCUGGGACUCCUCCUCUCGCAGUGACAUCAUGUGUCACAUGAUGCCAUUCUACAGUUACGAUGUGCCACACACAUGUGGUCCAAACCCAGCCGUCUGCUGCCAGUUUGAUUUUCACCGUCUGCCUGGAGGACGCGUCUUCUGUCCAUGGAGAAUCCCACCUGAGCCAAUCACAGACCAGAACAUCAAAGAGAGAGCUCUUCUCCUCUUGGACCAGUAUCGCCAGAAGUCUCGCCUUUUCCGCUCUUCGGUUCUUCUCGUUCCUCUUGGAGACGACUUUCGCUUCGUCGAGUCGAGGGAGUGGGACGCUCAGUUCGACAACUACCAGAAGCUGUUCGACUACUUCAAUCAGCACCCAGAGCUCCACGUUAGGGCGCAUUUUGGGACUCUGUCUGAUUACUUCACAGCGCUUCAGCGGCGGCUGAGCACCACAGGGACAACUCUUCCAACACUUCAGGGAGAUUUCUUCACGUAUGCCGACCGAGACGAUCACUACUGGAGUGGAUAUUUUACAUCGCGGCCAUUCUACAAACGUCUGGACCGAACGCUAGAGUCCACGCUCAGAGCAACAGAGAUCGUCUUCAGUCUCACCAUGGCAGAGAUGCGCCGUUUCCGUGGAGAUGGCCGGCUGGUGGAAGGUUUUCCUGCACAAGAACACUUCCAACGUCUGAUUUCAGGGAGGCAGAACCUGGGGUUGUUCCAGCACCAUGAUGCUGUGGCCGGCACCGCCCGCGACUCUGUGGUCAUCGACUAUGGCACAAGGUUGUUUCACUCCAUCCUGAACCUCCAUCAGGUUCUCCAAAGCUCCGCCCACUGGUUGCUUCUGUCGGACAAGAGCCAGUACAACCCCGACCAAUCUAAAACGCUCCUGCAAAUGGAUGAAACCAUCUCAGCACAGGAUACUCUUCCUCAGAAGAUGACGCUGGCACUCAGUGAUGUGCCCAGGUCGGUGGUGGUCUUUAACCCUACGGAGCAGUUUCGAACCUCUGUUGUCAGCAUUGUCGUGGACUCUCCAGAUGCUCGUGUUGUUGAUGCCAAGACUAGUCAGCCAAUGGCUACUCAGAUCUCCGCGGUUUGGGUGGAGCCAAGCCAAGUUUCUGCAGAGGUUUUCCAGCUCUCCUUCAUUGCUGAACUUCCUCCUCUGGCCCUUCUUGUAUAUCAUGUGACCAAAGCACCCACUGGCUCCACCCCCCGGGCUCAUUACAUCCUCCAUCGUCAUGGCAACCUGCCAACUGUACACUCUGAAUAUUUUCAGGUGUCUCCUCUGCAAGGAACGGAGGCCAACACCCCUCUGUUGCUUAGCAACAAGCACCUCCAAAUAUGGAGCUCUCCAGAAACGGGCCUUAUGCAGAAACUCCGCCUACAGUCUGGUCUGGUUCGUCAGGUCCAGGUAAAAUUCUUGUGGUACGGAACCAGAACUUCAGCACACAAGGACAAGAGUGGUGCAUACCUGUUUCUUCCAGGGGAAGAGGGGCCCCAGCCAUACUUGUCCUCUGAUCCCCCGCUGAUCCGUGUCACCAGAGGUCCAAUCUUCUCUGACAUCACUUCCUGUUUCAAACACUUCACACACACGGUCCGAGUCUUCCACCUGGAUGGGCAUGCUGGGAAAUCACUGGAGAUUUCCAACACAGUGGACAUCAGGUCAGAGGUCAACCGGGAGCUUGUCAUGAGACUCGUCAGCGACGUGGCGAGCAGCAACCGCUUUUAUAGCGAUCUCAACGGUUUUCAGAUGCAGCAGCGCCGCACUCUGGAGAAGCUUCCCUUGCAGGCUAACUUUUACCCGAUGAGCUCAUCGUCGUUCCUCCAGGACUCGACCAGUCGUCUGUCUCUGCUGUCGGCUCAGAGUCAGGCUGUGGCGUCGCUGCGAUCAGGUGAGCUGGAGGUGGUGCUGGACCGGAGACUGCAGCAGGAUGAUAACCGUGGCCUUGGACAGGGCGUCACUGACAACAAGCUGACUGCCAGUCUCUACCACCUGCUGCUGGAGGACCGCGUAGGGGGUGCUCAGGAAGUGGGAGGAGCCUCAGUAGAUCACCUGUCUCUGCUUGCCCACCUGGCCUCCCUCUCCCUUUGUCACCCGCCAAUCACCAUGGCCGCCCCUACCAACACCGAGGUGCCAAAGCUCCACCCCUUCCUCCCACUGCACUCAUCACUUCCGUGUGACAUCCACCUGCUUAAUCUGAGGACACUGGAAGACCCGCAGGAAUCAGGAAGUCCAUCACAGGAAGUGGGCCUCCUACUCCACAGGAAGGGCUUUGAUUGUAGCACCAGCCCCAGCCCUGCACUAUCGUGCACGUGGACCUCACAGGAGGAGGUGAACUUGGACGAUCUUUUCUCUCCUCUCCGAUUCCGCUCCGUUCGUCGGACAGGUCUCACACUGCUGCGUGACCACGACGAGUCAGACUCCGCCCACAAGCAGGUGCUGCUGCGCCCCAUGGAGAUCAGUGCCUUCCGUGUGCACCUCGACUGAAACCAAAUGCAUCCGAUCAGGAAGUGAGUGACCGAUCAGCUGUUACACCUCAGACAGGAAAGGAAAGGUUUUCAGAAUAAAAACCUUCCAAGGUGAAAGUAUGAAAUACAGACUGAUGCUGUAGUGUUGCUACGGUUACACAAAAGGACCAGUCAGUCUGUUUGACCAGUGAAUGUGUGCGUUUCCACGGCAAUGCUGUUACUGCUGUUUUUGUGGGUUUGAUUAUAAUGAAUGUUGUUGAAAAGGGGAUUUUGGGAAAAAUGCUAUAUUUUCUGUAAACUGGUGAAAUGAUUUAAUGUGUCUGUUUGUGGGAAAAAAUCAAGAUUUAAUAAAAACUAAAUUAUUGUUUAAAUGAA